CUUCAAGACUGAGUCUUGAUUAAGCAGAACCAGAAAUCUAUCAGCUGCAUAUACUUGUAUUCUGAGUUGGAUAUUUACUGGAAUUUGGCUUAUUUUUGUGUUGAUUCAGCUUCUGAAAGUGAACUAUUUGGCUAAUUUUUCUGAAACAGUUUAUAGUAGUAAGUGAUGAACAAUUUCAAUUGAAUUUACGGUUUAGGGUUUAUAAUUAGUACAGUAGGCUCAUAAUUUUGAUUAAUAACAAUGUUUUAUUGAAUUUUCCCCCUUUCCUGUCUAAUUGAGCUCCUGCAUAUAUAAGGCUGUUAUUGUUGUUAUUCUGCUUCAAAUUGCCUCUUCCCGUUAUAGAUAUGUAGCACUUUUUGUAUAAUUCGCAGUCUCUGAGUCUUGAAUGCCAACAUGUGGUUCUUAGUAGGAGGCGAAAGGCCGGUUUCUUGAUCUUUGGAUGUAGAUAAUUGUUGUUUGAGUAUAGAUACGGUCUUGGUUGAAGGUAGCAUCUUAUGGAAAAUGCCGCUUUGGUUUCUUGCUCUUUGAACCUCUUGUCGGGCAGCAGGUCGUGCAACAAGCCCCCGAGCCUUCUUACACCCUCUGCCUCUGUUAGUUUGCAGGUUUCUCAAUCACCAUUCCGAAAGAUUCAUCUCAAUGGCGAUAAAAGAUUGCGAAAAUAUCAUACUGUCUAUGCAAUGGCUGUCUCGAUGGGGCAGGAAACGAGGGCUCAGCCCGGAUCAGGGUCUGAUAACGGCUCCGACGAAGCUUCUUCGCCAAAGAAGGUCAUGGUGAUCGGGGGUGAUGGAUAUUGUGGUUGGGCUACUUCGUUGCAUCUCUCAAACAAGAACUACGAGGUUGCUGUUGUGGACAAUCUCGUCCGUAGGAGUUUUGAUCACCAGCUAGGUCUUGAUUCCCUCACUCCCAUCGCAUCCAUCCACAACCGGAUCAGGCGUUGGAAGUCCCUCAUGGGUAAAGACAUCGGGCUCUACGUUGGAGACAUAUGUGACUUUGAGUUCUUGUCCGAGGCCUUCAAGUCGUUCGAGCCCGAUGCUGUUGUCCACUUUGGGGAACAGAGAUCUGCUCCGUACUCCAUGAUUGAUCGGUCAAGGGCCGUUUACACGCAGCACAACAACGUGAUAGGUACCCUAAACGUUCUCUUUGCCAUAAAGGAAUUCGGGGAGGAUUGCCAUCUCGUGAAGCUCGGGACCAUGGGAGAGUAUGGGACCCCAAACAUAGACAUUGAGGAGGGGUUCAUCACGAUCACACACAAUGGGAGGAUCGACACUCUGCCUUACCCGAAGCAGGCUAGCUCGUUCUACCAUCUCAGCAAGGUGCACGAUUCUCACAACAUUGCGUUUACUUGCAAGGCGUGGGGGAUCAGAGCCACGGACCUGAACCAGGGGGUUGUCUAUGGAGUGAAAACUGAGGAGACGGCCAUGCACGAGGAGUUGUACAAUAGGUUGGAUUAUGAUGCGGUGUUUGGAACUGCGUUGAACCGGUUCUGCGUUCAGGCUGCAGUGGGUCACCCGCUUACCGUCUAUGGCAAAGGAGGGCAGACCAGAGGAUACCUCGACAUACGAGACACGGUCCAGUGCAUCGAGCUUGCUAUAGCAAACCCUGCCCAAAGGGGCGAGUUCCGCGUCUUCAACCAAUUCACAGAACAAUUCUCAGUGAACGAGCUCGCAGCCCUUGUCACGAAAGCAGGCAAGAAGCUGGGCCUCGAUGUUCGGACGGUGUCCGUGCCCAACCCUAGGGUGGAGGCGGAGGAGCACUACUACAACGCGAAGCACACUAAGCUUGCGGAAUUGGGACUCGAGCCCCAUCUCCUAUCAGACUCGCUCCUUGACUCGUUGCUCAAUUUUGCAGUCCAAUACAAGGACCGGGUCGAUUCCAAACAGAUAAUGCCGAGCGUGUCGUGGAGGAAAACUGGAGCCAAGCCGAAGACGGUCCCCGCCUAAUCGAACUUUCUUUGUUUGUAUCCCCUUUAGAUGUAGGAUGUGUGUUGUAUCAUUAACUAUAGACAAUAUCAUAUCAAAAAGCUAUUUAACAUUCAAUACUACCCAAUUGAGGAAA